AGGAAGGAAGGAAGGAAAGAAGACCUGGAGAUAAAACUAAAAGUGAACACUGCUUCUCUUGGGUUCUGGGAUGAGUUCUGGACCUCUCCCCAGGAUGAAACUUCAGACAUUUUGGGUGUUUUUUUGAAGACCACAAUAACAAAGGUGCAUUCUCAAGUAGAAAAGUUUGGAUUGGAUCAAAAAUGAAUCUCAUCCAACACUCCCACUUACCUGCUGCGGAUGAAUUUUCUCUUUCUGACAAUUUAUUUGGUGUACUAACAGAGCCAACAACAGGUCCUCUGGGGCAGAACCUAGAAGUGGAAUCAUACUCACAAUACAACAACAUUCAGUUUCCUCAAGUUCAACCACAGAUUUCCUCCUCAUCCUAUUAUUCCAGCCUGGGUUUCUACCCCCAGCAGCCUGAAGAGUGGUACUCUCCUGGACUAUAUGAACUCAAGCCACUGCCCACUGAGACCCUCUACCAGGGAGAGACUGAGGUAGCAGAGAUUCCUGUGACAAAGAAGGCUCGAAUGGGCACGUCAGCCGGGAGAAUAAAAGGAGACGAGCUAUGUGUUGUUUGUGGAGACAGAGCAUCCGGAUACCAUUAUAACGCACUAACCUGUGAGGGGUGCAAAGGUUUCUUCAGGAGAAGCAUCACCAAAAAUGCCGUGUACAAGUGUAAAAACGGAGGCAACUGUGUGAUGGACAUGUACAUGCGAAGAAAGUGCCAGGAGUGCCGACUAAGGAAAUGCAAAGAGAUGGGAAUGUUGGCUGAAUGUAUGUAUAGAGGCUUGUUAACUGAAAUUCAGUGUAAAUCCAAACGACUGAGAAAAAACGUGAAGCAGCAUGCAGAUCAGACCGUUCAUGAAGACAGCGAAGGGCGUGACCUGCGACAAGUGACCUCGACCACUAAGUCAUGCAGGGAGAAAACUGAACUCACCCUGGAUCAACAGAAUCUUCUACAUUAUAUUAUGGAUUCAUAUAGCAAACAGAGGAUGCCUCAGGAAAUCACAAAUAAAAUUUUAAAAGAAGAAUUCAGUGCAGAAGAAAAUUUUCUCAUUUUAACUGAAAUGGCUACCAGUCAUGUACAGAUUCUUGUAGAAUUCACAAAAAAGCUACCAGGAUUUCAGACAUUGGACCAUGAAGAUCAGAUUGCUUUGCUGAAAGGGUCUGCAGUUGAAGCUAUGUUCCUCCGUUCAGCUGAGAUUUUCAAUAAGAAACUUCCAGCUGGGCAUGCUGACCUAUUGGAAGAGAGAAUCCGAAAGAGUGGUAUUUCUGAUGAAUACAUAACGCCGAUGUUUAGUUUUUACAAAAGUGUGGCAGAAUUGAAAAUGACUCAAGAAGAGUAUGCUCUGCUUACAGCAAUUGUUAUUCUCUCUCCAGACAGACAAUACAUAAAGGACAGAGAGGCCGUAGAGAAGCUUCAGGAACCUCUGCUUGACGUGCUGCAGAAGCUGUGCAAGAUCCAUCAGCCUGAGAACCCCCAGCAUUUCGCCUGUCUCCUGGGCCGCCUGACGGAGUUGCGGACAUUCAACCACCACCACGCGGAGAUGCUGAUGUCCUGGCGCGUCAAUGACCACAAGUUCACACCGCUUCUCUGCGAAAUCUGGGAUGUGCAGUGAGGAGCGCCCAGGGGCGGGGCCGGCCCUCUGUUUUCCUCCUGUCAUAAAGCCGAUGCGAAACUUUUCCUUCAUUUCAUUUGUGCCUGGUUUCACACAAGAAUUUUGACGAAUAUUUAUGCAGUAAUUAUAUAACUUCCACAAUUGUAAAUACGGGGCUAGGUAGAAUGACUUUCUCUACUUGUAUUUUACACGGCUUCAGGGAAUCUUUUCUUCUAAUUGGCAUGCCCUGUUUGCCUAACUAAAUCGUUACUUCAAUUCUAUUUGUUGAAAUAGGGAAAAAUCUCAUUUUGCUCUUCAUCUUCCCUUAUUGCAUAUAUUUUAUUAAACAGUUGUGUGCACUUUUGGCAAUAAACUGAACAUAAUGGAAACAGGCUUUUAUUUGAGAACAGAAAUUGAAAAAAUACACAAACUCUUAUUUCUUUAAAAGAUGAAUGACAUCCUAUUGAGCCCAAGGGGAUAAACUACAAAAGGAUAAACUCUCACAAUACUAAUGCUACAUUUUUUCAUCCCUGGUGAAUAUUCAUUCAUUUGUAGUAGCCCUCUGAUCAUUUCAUUUUCUUUGAAGUUCAAAGAGAAUAACAUGCAGAAAAGUUAAUGAUUAUCAUAUAAAAUAUUCCCUAAGCAUAUUAGUUAUGCUUUUAGGGGGACUACUUCCCGUAGUCGGAGUCUUGAGGCAGCAUUUACAAAUUCAGAGUAUGCAGAUAGCUCCAGUGAUGGGACCGCCCUUUUCUCUAUUGAAAGUGCUCACUGUGGGUUUCAGUGCAUAUAAUUAAUCAUUUUGUUUUGUUUGCUUUUGGAAAACACUCCUUCAGCCUGGUGCACAGCUAUUGUAUACUUCCCCCCAAAGCAGGAAUUAGUUCAUUUCCUUCCUUCAUUGUUAUACUGUUGCAUUCUCCCUCCCAUUAUCCUUUGGUGAAUACAAUAAAACACCUUCUAUAAGUAAUGGGCUUAUAUCUCCC